AUGUUCAGAGCCAUUUCUUCUAGGGCCCUCAGGUUGUCUACUCCCGUUAGACUUUCUGCCAUUGCCAGACCACAGAUCAUUCGUACUUAUGCCGGAUUUCCAGCUUUGACCAGAGAUCUCGCAAGAGAGAGAAUCUUCGAGUUGUUGGAGGGCUUCAGCAAGUGCGAGGGCAAGGAAAUUACUGAGGCUUCUUCUUUCAGCCAAGAUUUGGGUUUGGAUUCCUUGGACGUUGUUGAGGUGGUCAUGGAAGUUGAGCACGAGUUCAACAUUCAAAUCCCAGACCACGAGGCAGACACCUUGAAAUCCGUGGGUCAAACUGUUGACUACAUCUUGUCUCAGCCUGACUCCUGUUGA